AAAAAAAAUCUACCCAGGAGGCCAGCCUGGGCACGACUCCACCGGAGGAGCCUGCCGUCCCCGUCGCAGCUCGCCGACGACUUCGACCGCGCGGCUCCACUCCGCUCCGUCCUCCGCUGGAGCUCGCCGGCGCCAUCGAUUCUUCCUCUCCUUCUCCCUCUCGAGGUGCUGGAACCUUUCUUCCGCACGGCGCGUCUUCUCCCUGACCGGCGCUCCCCGGCCGGUGGAAAGGAAGGGCUAGGUACAUACUCGCGAGGCGGAGGCGGGGGACCGGGAGCCAUGGGCACCUCAGCGGCCGGGGUAACGGAUCUCUGGAAGCAAAUAGACGACGCCGAGUGCAUGCAAGAUUCCAAAGGGGGAGAUAAAAGAUUGGAACUUGUUCACUUACUCUGUUGCAACUAUCAUGGUUCAGCUAUCUGGUCAGCGGAUCGUUCGACCAAGCGGUUUUGACUGCAUUGUCCGUGUCUGAUCAAGUUCGGGCGGCCAAUAUGGGAAGAGUAUGCGAUGAUGAUGAGCUUUUGGAGAUGCUCGAAUUAGUUGGGAUUGUACUCGUUCAAGCACUUAAAGAGCUCAGAAGGACAGCUGAGAUGUUUGUUCAGCUUAAAGCUAUGUAUGGUUCAGUGGCAUCAAUACCGGUGAAAGUUUUCCUGACAGGGGCUACCAUGCUAAUGGCAGAAGGUUCUGGCCCUGACCUUCGACCAAUUUUUGAGGACUUCCUUGCUAAAUGGAGAUACACAGAUGAUCAAGUUUAUGUUUUGAACGGAGAACAGGAAAAAUCUUCAAAUGGUCUUAUUGUUACAUCAACUAUGACAACUGAAGAGUAUUUGGAGGUGGUGGAAUUGUAUACAGUUACAUUCCUUAGCAUUGCCUCUCAUGAGCCUGAAAAUGCCAUCUCAUGGGUAGAAAAGGCAGAAUUGAUUGAGCAAGAUCGACAGGAGGUACUAGAAAAACUUCAUGCAUUACAAGCAGCUGCAAAUGAAAAGUCAUCCACUGCUGCAGGAGCAAAACAAUCAGCAGAGAGGAACCUUUCCGCUUCUGAGAAAGGCCCAACAGCAACAACACAUGAGGAUGAUCCGACAAGCACCACGCGUGCACCCAAUGUGAAAACAAAUGGCUUACCAAAGUCCAUUGAGCCUUCCCUUCAGCACGUCAGAAAUAACUUUGAUCCCAUGUUUUGGUGGUUCCAUUCGGUGCGCGUAAAGCUUGGUAGAAUGCAUAUUGUUCUACCAAGUGGCAAGCUAAUGCUUCUGUUCUCACUGCUGUUCUCGACAGUCUACGUUCUACGAAGGAAAGGCGCUGGCUUGAAGAGGGCUGUGUUCCAACACGCUUCGUCCCUGCGUCGGGCCUUCCUCGACGCCCUUCAGCUCGCAUUCUCCGUCCAGAUGAACCCGUUAGCAGCCGUUCAACAGACGCCGCAAGCCCCUCGAGGAAGCUGGUGAUACACCAAUACCGAUGUACUUACCCAUCCCACAUGUAACUAGCAAAUACCGUGAAUUGUAAGUUGGACACGCAGGAUAGUAGUCGCUUUUUGUGCUGCUGAUAACUCUGCUAGAUACAUCAUGGCAAUGUUUGAUAUCGGCAUUCCAAGUUUGAAAUUUUUGGUUCAGAGGCUU